AAACAAAAUUAAGUGCGCGGACGCAUUCCGAAUGUUGACUGUGGCAUAUGGUGAAGCUACCUUGGACCGAAGCAACGUUUAUCGGUGGUACAAAAUGUUCUCAGAGGGCCUAGAAGAUGUGAACGACGAAGAGCGUGCCGGACACCCGAGCACGUCAACAACAGACGAAAACAUUGAUGAAGUGAAGAAAAUAGUAUUGGCCAAUCGUCGAAUCACCGUCAGAGAAGUUGCUGAGGACCUAAACAUAUCGAUUGGCUCGUGCCAUUCGAUUUUUACCAAUGAUUUGGGCAUGAGACGGGUCGCCGCGAAAUUCGUGCCAAAAUUGCUCAAUUUCGACCAAAAACAGCAUCGCAUUAACAUUGCUAAGGAGCUGUUGGACUCUGCCGCAGCCACCGUAUUCCCCAGAUCUAGCCCCCUGUGA